CUUCUACAAGUCCAGACAUCUCUCAACCGCCUCAAAAGCUCUCCACCGGCUACUUAACUUUUUAACUUUUCAAGACCAUCUCAUACCUUGUGUGCCUGCACUUUCAGAACAGCGAUCCAUGAAUACAGAGUAAACAGCACCCCCCGAACCACAAUCAAGGGAGGAAGCCAGCCUUCGCGCGGCUGCUCCCCCCAUCCAUCAUGGACUAUGAUGAAAUGGACAUCGAGCUCCAGGGCCCUCAAGUAACAGUCAGAGAGGCCGAACCACACCGCGUCGACUUCCGCCUCAGCUCCGUCGACCUCGCCUUCGCCAACUCCCUCCGCCGCACCCUCCUCGCCGAAGUCCCCACCGUCGCCAUCGACGUCGUCGAAAUCGAAUCUAACACCUCCGUCCUCCCCGACGAAUUCAUCGCCCACCGCCUCGGCCUCAUCCCGCUCAACUCCAAAAACUGCGACGCGGACAUGUAUUACUCGCGCGACUGCGACUGCGAGGGCGGCUGUGCGCGCUGCGUCGUCACCCUAUCGCUCCAGGCGCGAUGCACGGGCGAGGACAUCAUGAAGGUGUACGCGCGCGAUCUGGUGGUGGUGGGCGACCGGGCGAAUGAGUGGGUGGGUAACCCGGUUAUUACGGAUGCGGAGGGGAAAGGGCCGUUGAUUUGUAAGUUGCGGAGGGGCCAGGAGAUUAAGAUGACGUGUGUUGCGAAGAAGGGGAUUGCGAAGGAGCAUGCGAAGUGGGCGCCGACGGCGGCGGUGGGGUUUGAGUAUGACCCGCAUAAUAACUUGAAGCAUGUGGAUUAUUGGUAUGAGGAGGAUCCGAUUAAGGAGUGGCCCGUCUCUGCAAACGCAGAAUGGGAAACCCCGACACAACCCGACAUGCCCUUCGACUACGACGCCCAACCCUCCACCUUCUACCUCGACGUCGAAAGCAUCGGCAACCUCGAGCCAGACGCCAUCGUCCAACAGGGCAUCACCGUCCUCCAACGCAAGCUUGCAGAGAUCAUCUCCGCCCUGACCGGCGCGGGCGAUACGGAUCGCGACGGCGCUGCCCUGAACGGCAUCGAUGAGGAUGGUGGCCGGAGCCCCGACGCCUAUGAGCCACCGGAGGGGCUGGAUGGUGGCUAUACGGCCUAUGCGGCUAAUAGUGUUGGCGGGAGUGCUGGGGGUGGGAGCGUUUGGGGCGGUGCGGGUGGCGCGACGCCGUAUGGGGCUACGCCGUAUGGGCAGGGGUUUGGGGGGUUUUAGACUAUUGGUUUCCGUUGGUUUCAUUUUGGUUUUGUUCUUUUAAGAAGGGCUAUCUUUUUUUCCUUUUUUCUUUUUUUCUUUAUACUUUCGUGGGAUUGUUUCUUUCUUAAUGUUGUGGCAUGUGUUAUGGAGUUGGGGAACAUACUAAAAAGGGGUUUUCUGCUCUUGUCCUCUUCUGUUGCCUGAUAAGGCAGACGGGGCGGGGAUGAUUAUGAUUGCAUUAUUUUUUCUUUUUUUUUUGACCGGGAUUUGGACCCGUUACGCUGCGAGACAACCAGCUAGCCUAUCGCAGGCUAUAUCGUUUGGCAUGCUAUAUUUCCCAUACGGAUGGGGUUUUCCUUUUUUUUCCCCGGAAAGACCUCAACAUUCCAAAGAAGGUGGGACAGAGAGGUUUGGUUUGGCUGACAGGAAAGAGAAGAAAUAAAACAGAAAAAGUGAUAUAUGGACAUACUGAGUUGAAACGGCGUGCGCGGGACUCGUGUCCGUCUCAUCAUUGUCUCGCUGUACGAAUGUCGAAUGUCAUACAGAGGAGAAACAUGUGGCAUGAGAGGGGAGGGACACGAGGAAGAGGAUGUAUGCAUGAAGUUCCGGAUAUGAAAAAGCCGGAUCUCACAAGAAGACGAAUUCGACUCAAUGCUGAGAGCGGAUGGACGGAGUAGAAGGCGAUGGGCAAUUGAACUGGGGUGGGAGGGAAGGCUGUCCUCGAGCGUAGCCUCCCGAGAAUGAACCCUUCACGCGGUCCCCCUUCCCCGGGUUACAUCUCAUACCAUGCAAAAUCAACCCGGGAAAACGGCGGUCGUCCAGAAGCGCCGGUGAUUUGACUAGCCCCUUUUUCCUCCCCCCUUUUAUUCAACCAUAGAAAGAGAAAGAGAAUACUGGGGGAGCCGCCUGAAGCGAGACACUGAAAUUGGCUUGACGAGGAGACAGAUCGUUUCGCUCUGAUAUCUGUUUGCGAAAACUUUGUUUGCAAGCUGGUUGGUUGGUUGUGGUUGGUUGCUUUGAUUUAUUUCGAAUUCCUGAUAACUUGCGUACCCAGCUCAGUUUGUACUGUACCUACGUAUUCUGUAUAUUGUAGUUACAAUAGAGGCCAGAUGCAACAAUAAAAUGUUCCGGUAA